CGGACACUUACCCCCAUCGCCCCCCGCGCCGCCCGCCAUCUUUUCCUUUGUUGACGAAUUGUCGUGUAAAGCGCGCGCUUUCGUUCCUGCUGCUUUCGUCUUUUUAUCGAUCAGCCAGCGUCGACGGGAAUUUCGGGGAAUGGAAUUCAUUGUAGAAUCACAUACCGUGGAAAAUGAUGAACGUUGUUGGUUUGAAAAAUGGCAAUCAUUUUGGCGUUGGGGAAUCUCAUGUUGAACGGAGGACUAAUUGGCUGUGAACCAAUUUAUAGCUUAAGAAAAUCAGCGUUACUUAUACUCUGUUGGUAACAUUGGUGACUAAAAUUCACAUUGAACGACCAGUCUAUCUUGACUCUCGUCGGUGGUCAAAUUCCUGUAAUACCCUGAGGGAGAAUCGACACGGUAAAAUUGUUCCUAAAAAUCCGAUAUCCAGAAUUUUAUCAAUAAUAUAAGAAAAAAGAAGCUCGUCAGGUGGCACCGCCAAGCGGAUUCAAACGGAAACGGUCCCAGUCUAUAACCAGGCCCGAACAGUUUCAUCGGGCAUUCGGUGACUCGGAGUCAUCCGGUAAAUCACGAUGCCAGCGUGUCGUGGCCUAGCGUAUCGUAAACACGAGGGAACGUGUCAGUGUUAACGCGCGUUUCAACACGGCCUGUGAUAGUAUAGUGUCAUCCGAUGUCAAUACACCUGUCUCCCGGGAAAAACACGUUGCUGUCGUAAGUGACACGCGACACACGUUUGUAAGCAUGCCCGAUGCACCGCGAUGCAAUUGCAACGUUAACAUUAAGCGUGCUAUCCUUCUGCUGCGUUAGAAGACGACUUUGAUCCUGCGAGGCCACGUUACACGUGCCCAUCGAACAUGUCCAUGAAGAAAGAGUCUCCGUGGGACGUGGAGUUGCACUUGGCGGCAGCGCGCGGCGACGCCAAACGUCUGCGGGUCCUCCUGGAUUCCGGGCGGGUCCACGUCGACUGCAAGGACAAGGACGGGACGACUCCUUUAAUACUGGCCGCCGCCGGAGGGCACAUUGAGGCAGUCACCGAAUUGCUCCAGCAAGGGGCGGAUCCUAAUGCCAGAAGGCUGACCGGCACCACGGCGCUCUUCUUCGCUGCCCAGGGCGGCUACAUGGACAUCGCCUGCCUUUUACUGGAACACGGCGCUACCGUGGACUCGUGCAGCAUAGACGGCGGCACCCCACUUUUCGUCGCGUGCCAGUGCGGUCACCUGGACGUGGUGGAAGGCCUGAUCGAGAGAGGUGCCAAUCCGAACGCGCACAUGAAGGACGGUGCCACCGCCCUCUUCAUCGCCGCCCAGAAUGGUCACGUGAGGAUCCUGGAGGUGCUCCUGGAGCACGGGGCGAAGACGGACGCAGCGCGGACUGACGGUGCCACGCCUCUGUGGAUAGGAGCGCAAAUGGGGCACGAUCACGUCGUGAGAAGGCUCCUGAAAGCCGGCGCGAAGGUCGAUGCCACCAGACACGAUGGAGCGACACCGCUUUUUAAGGCGGCUCACAAGGGACACACCGCCGUCGUCGGGGAACUGCUUAAGUACCGUCCAUCGCUCGGCAUCCUUCCUAACGGUGAAAGCGCGCUCCACGCAGCAGCCUUAACAGGACAAAUGACGGUGGCCAGGCAACUGGUGGGAGCAGGAGCGGACCCUCUGCUGCUGAACCAAGAGGGUGUGACGCCACUUCAGUUAGCUGUUAGACACUCGCAGACGCAGGUCGCCAAUUACCUGAAGGAUAAAGUUAGAGCACGGACGGGGACCUCUUAGCAAUGCGGCUCUCCGUCCAGUGACGUAGACGUUGCAUUCGCAGGAGUAACAGGGGGGGAAUCUAUAGACCAGUGAAAGAGAGAUCAGUAUUUCUAAAGAGAAUGUAAUAUAUAUAUAUAUACAGAUAUAUAUCUACACAUGUUGAAUGUACUAUAUUCGAUAAUUUAUAAAUAAAACGAAGUGCAAUCUUAUUAUAAUUCGUGAACGUUACAGCAUUCGAGGUGUAACCGAGAUGUUGAUCUUUCUGACACGCUGUAUGUACAGUGAGCGUGGCCAGACGCUCUGUCAUUAUCUUGACUCUUGGCUGGCUCGCGAUGACCCCGUUUGUCAUUUUAAUCCUUACCGGGGCGAAACGGAGAAAUAAUUGAAAUAUUUUUAACUUAAUAACGGGGCCACGGUGACCCGGUUUUAUCAUGAUAUUCCUAUUCCACCAGCUGAGAGUUGAAAUUGUUAGCUACUUAUCCGAUGUAUAUACAGUUAGACAUAUAAAAAGUACCAUUCUUGUAAUGUAAAAUAGAUCUUGAACGCAUUCUCUUGUAUAUAUAUAUAUAUACAUAUAUUCUUACAUGAAUUUUGGAAAUAUUCAUUCUUUCAAUGGACCGUGUUACGCAACAAGGUUGUUUUUACAGUAGAGCGAAACAUAUAUAUAUAUAUAUAUUUUUCUUAGUAGUAACGAACCGGUGGUUAUAGAAGAAAAACGUCGACAACCUUCGUAGAUACAUAGUGCAUACCAUUAAACGUUGCAAUCGUUUCUGUUCUAAUUAAGAAUUAUAUAAGACUGAUUGAUUUGCCUUGGAGUAUGUAAAAUUAACGAAUUUAAUAGUUCAAUAUCUAUUUCUUCUUGUUUAUUUAUAUAAUAUUGUUAACGCACACGCGAAACGUAAAGAAACAACGGAAAGUGAGUUUUUUUUCGUUCUCGUACUAUCAUCAUAUAUAGAUAUAUAAGAUAUUCAAACGUUUUAUUUGAAUGUAACG